AGUGUGUUGUGUUUCUUGUGGCCUCGCCACAGAGUGCAGGAGGGAGGGUCUGGCUGCUGCACGUGAGAGGCUGCUGGGACAGCAGCAAUCACAGUUCUGCAUCCUGAAUCACUGGCAGGCUCAGAAACAAGAGUCUGGUGUCAGGCUAUAAAACCUUGCUGGGAGCAGGAUGAGACCCCAGAUGCAGCCCCACCUCUAAGGGAUCCCCUGGAGCUCAGAAGGCUGUGAUGGAGCAUCUGCAGACACUCCUGCUGCCCGUCCUGCUGGUGAUGUGCCCUGCAGUCAGCACUGAUUAUCCCUGGAAGUGGAGGGAGAGAGGAGGAGAAGCCAAGGCAGCCUCCAGGACACACCCCACACCCUACGUGGCCUACCUGCAGGGAAAGGACAACCAUUUCUGUGGAGGCUUCCUCGUGGCCCCUAGUUGGGUGAUGACAGCAGCUCAGUGCCUCGUGCACAAACCUCUGACUGUCAUCCUGGGAGCCCGCACACUCCGAAGCAGAGAGGAAAGCUGGCAAACCUUCGAGGUCAAGGAGUACCACAGCCACCCAGAUUUUACAAACCCCAAGAAGGGAAAUGACAUCCUUUUGCUGAAGCUGAAUGGCAAUGCCACCAGCAACAACCACGUCAGGCCCAUUUCCUUUGAGAAAUCCAAAGUUCGUGGUGGGGCUGAGUGCAGCGUGGUCGGCUGGGGCUACAGGACAGACACUGUCACCUUGCGUGAGGCCACUGUCACCAUCAUCAAACAAAGGGACUGCCUCAGCCACUACCCAGGACUCGCUGACAACUUGAUUUGUGGCCGCAGCAAAUCCUCUGGGGUACCUGAAAAGGGGGAUGCUGGGGAUCCACUGGUCUGCAACAACAAAGCCUAUGGCAUCUUCUCCUACAGGCACAACAACUGGCCUGGCUUCUACACACACAUCUCUCCUUUCCUCCCCUGGGUCAACAGUGUCCUGAAGUCAGCAUGACCCUGCUCCCCCUGCAGCUGCUGCCCUGGAGAGCUCACCCUCCAGAGCCCCAGUCCACACCAGCUUUCUCUUCCUUUCUCCCUGGCAAACAUCUUCCACUGGUCCUGGUGGAUAUGUCAAGGAAUUCUCUGCAGCCAAGCCGAGCUCUGUCCGUGGUGGGGCUGGCACAGAGGUUGUGCCUUGGUCGUGUUUGUCCCCUGGCCACACUGGGGAGUUCCUGCACUCCUUCACUGCUGCCCUGAUUUAGCCCUUUGUGGCUCCAGCUCCAGAGGAAGCAGCAGGACAGCCCUAGAGAGGUGCCAGUAGCUGAGGGGACAUCUGUAACCCUCAGGGGAAGGCUGCACCAUGAGAUCAGAAGGAUCCAAAGAGCAGCCUCCUCCCCUUCUGUCAUUUGUGACAGCACGUCUGGGUGUCCUUUGCCCAAGCCCUGGGGCUUCAGGGAUGCCCAAGCUCCAAGGAGGGCACUUCCAGUUCCUGCUUUCCCCUACCUCUGAAACCUGCUGCCUUCCUUCUCCCCUCUUCUGUAGCUCCAGUGUUG